AUGUGGCAAGCAUUGCUGAUGUGUGUGACUACACUAACUGUACACUCUAAGGCUCAGACAGGCUCUGCUAUAUGCAGUAAUCACACUACCUUUAGACAAGCAGCUGACUGGGACAUCACAGUAAUAUGUGGAACUGAUAGUAUCUAUCUAAGCAUCCUGCUGUGUCCAGUCUACUAUGCUGGCUAUAAUGAAUCUCUCAUAGCCCUCAAUGGAAAAUUUAACAUUCCAGCCUGCUGUGGAAUUGUAGACUUGAAAGCCAGUACCCCUCUCCUGAAGUUUAAUUUCUCAAUAUCUGCAGAGCAAAUGUCCCUUUGUGACAAUUCUCAUGAGCUUACAGAUGAAAUUGUCACAGGCGAAUUCUCUGACUCCAGAGUUCAGUUUGUGAACAUUUCUGGAAGCAUUGUUUCUUGGAACCCAGUCAGAGGUCCAUUUACAUACCAACCAAAGCUUAUAUAUCAAUUCUCCUGCUGCUACCUGCUGCAGUAUUUGGUCAGCAUCACUAAAGAAAAUCCGUCAGGCAUGAACAGAGCUGCCCGAGAGAACAGAGGAAGUUUUAUCAAUGCAUUGCAUGUAAAUCUUUUCACUAAUAGGCAAUAUACACAACCUCUAAAAAUACCCGAAAAGGGGCUACCACUAAAAACUCGGAUAUAUGUCCAAGUUAAGGCAACAAAUCUCACUAAAAGGUUUAAUGUCCUGCUUGAUCGCUGCUUUUCCACAACAAGCCCUUAUCCAACAAGCACAGUUUAUUAUGAUCUUUUUGUUGGGUGCAAACGUGAUGGGCAGACAGUGGUGUAUUUAAAUGGGGAAUCCCAAGAAGCACGCUUUUCCUUUGAGGCUUUCCACUUUGUGGAGCACCAGAAUGUGACAGUCUCUACAUUCUAUCUGCAUUGUGUCACCCGACUCUGUGAGAAUUCCACCUGUCCCUCCAUGCUCCCGAACUGUAUAAAGAAUGCAAGAAGGGCACUUCAGCUGAGUCAGUACUUAAGCAAUGGGCAAACAAUUUCUUCAGGACCAAUCAAAACCAGAACUGAAAAUACUACAUCAACACACUCAGUUUAUAAAGCCUGGGUGACAGGGGUCGCCAUUCUCAUAUGCUUGUUGAGUGUCUGCUGUAUUGGGCUGGUGGUGAAAAUUUGGAUCUGA